AUGUUCUUCAUGCACAUAAAGGAUGAGCUGGACAGUGGCAGCCUGCAGAUGGAGGCUGAGCAGGCCAAGGAACUGUGUGCCGUCCUAGCCCAGGCUGAGCACGGAGACUACAACCAGAACACAGCCAAGUACUGCUCCAGCCAGAUCUUCAGACGGGAGCCCAACCUGGCAACCAUCAACAGGUCAGCACAGCAAUGACUAACUAGACUCCACCUGCAUUCCAUUUCUUACUAAGAACUGCUCUGUGCUGACUUGUAGAACUGCUGUAGAUCCAAGAUGAUACAAAUAUGUCCUUUGUUUUGUGAAGGGCAUCUGAACAGCUGUCUUCUGUUUGUUGCCUUGACCUGGGAGAAGACUUCUGCCCCCCAAAAAAACAAGGCUGCUGACUCAGCCUGCCCUGCACCUACGUACAUUCAGUACUGUGCAGUAGAGUACAUACAGUUCUCAUGUGUUUAGUUUAGUUUUAGUAAAAGUAUUUUGUAGAAAAAAAAAAAAAGAAAAAAAAACAUACACAAGAUCCAGUGCGGGGACAAAAAAACAGCAGGGAUUAUUUGCUGGUAACAUUUUUAAAUAGAAUGGAGAAAACAUUUUAAUUCUAUGGUUGGGUGAUUGAACAGCAUUACAAAAACUACAGAGAACAAGAACAAAAAGCAGAAAAAUGUAACUCUUCUGUCCCGUCCUGCCCUGAUCCGUCUGCAGCAUCCAGAAGAAGCACCGUGAGCUGGAGGGUCUGAGCCAGUCGUCGGCAGAGUACCGGGCCCUACAGCUGGUGUCCUCCCUGGAGAACUAUGGGGUGGAGUGGCACUGGGCCAGGGACUCAGAAGGACAGAGGCUGGCUAUAGGGGUCGGCCCUGAAGGGGUGACCAUCUGUCAGGAGGACUUCAGCCCCAUCAACAGGUAUAUUCACUAAACUACCCUGACAGAGCUGUAUGUAAAACAUGUAUUUUGUUGAUGCACUGUGGGAAAAAACUAAAAACUAAAGUCAAGGUCGGCUGCCUGUCUUUUCUAGUGUGCAGUUUUUACACUAGUCUUUUUGUAUACAGAUCUAGCAAAGGUGAAAAUACAACACUGACCAGUUAUACAGACUCAAGGCAGCACGCUCCUGUUACAGUGUACACACCGUUAAUACGUGAUUAUGUAGUUCUAUCUACAGGUACAGUAAAGCGUGACAAGGCAAUGCUCUCCUGUUAGACAUUAGAUAUGAAGUACAGUGCAUUCGAAAAGCAUUCAGACCCCUUCACUUUUUUUCCACAUUGUGUUACCUUACGGCCUUAUUCUAAAAUUGAUUAAAUCGUUUUUUCCCCUCACUAAUCUAUAGACAAUAACCCAUAACGACAAAGCAAAUAAAGGUUUUUAGACAUUUUUGCGCAAAAAAAUAAAAAAUAAAACUGAAAUAUCACAUUUUACAUAAGUAUUCAGACCCUUUACUCAGUAGUUUGUUGAAGCACCUUUGGCAACGAUUACAGCCUUGAGUCUUCUUGGGUAUGACGCUACAAGCUUGGCACACCUGUAUUUGGGGAGUUUCUCCUAUUCUUCUCUGCAGAUCCUCUCAAGCUCUGACAGGUUGGAUGGGGAGCGUCGCUGCACAGCUAUUUUCAGGUCUCUCCAGAGAUGUUAGAUCGGGUUCAAGUCUGGGCUCUGGCUGUGCCACUCAAGGACAUUCAAAGACUUGUCCCUAAGCCACUCCCACGUUGUCUUGGCUGUGUGCUUAGUGUCUUUGUCCUGUUGAAGGUGAACCUUCGCCCCAGUCUGAGGUCCUGAGCGCUCUGGAGCAGGUUUUCAUCAAGGAUCUCUGUACUUUGCGCCGUUCAUCUUUCCCUCGAUCCUGACUAGUCUCCCAGUCCCUGCCGCUGAAAAACAUCCCCACAGCACGAUGCUGCCACCCCCAUGCUUCACCGUAGGGAUGGUGCCAGGUUUCCUCCAGACGUGACGCUUGGCAUUCAGGCCAAAGAGUUCAAUCUUGGUUUCAUCAGACCAGAGAAUCUUGUUUCUCAUGGUCUGAGAGUCCUUUAGGUACCUUUUUGCAAACACCAAGUGGGCUGUCGUGCCUUUUACUGAGGAGUGACUUCUGUCUUGCCACUCUACCAUAAAGGCCUGAUUGGUGGAGUACUGCAGAGAUGGUUGUCCUUCUGGAAGGUUCUCCCAUCUCCACAGAGGAACUCUGGAGCUCUGUCAGAGUGACCAUCGGGUUCUUGGUCACCUCCCUGACCAAAACCCUUCUCCCCCGUUUGCUCAGUUUGGCCAGGCUGCCAGCUCUAGGAAGAGUCUUGGUGGUUUCAAACUUCUUCCAUUUAAGAUGGAGGCCACUGUGUUCUUGAGGACCUUCAAUGCUGCAGAAAUGUUUUGGUACCCUUCCCCAGAUCUUUGCCUCGACACAAUCCUGUCUCAGAGCUCUACGGACAAUUCCUUCAACCUCAUGGCUUGGUUUUUGCUCUGACAUGCACUGUCAACUGUGGGACCUUAUAUAGACAGGUGUGCCUUUCCAAAUCAUGUCCAAUCAAUCAAGUUGUAUAAACAUCUCAAGGAUGAUCAAUGGAAACAGGAUGCACCCGAGCUACAUUUUUAGUCUCCUCUGCGAAUCUGAAUACUCUAAAUAAGGUAUUUACGUUUUUAUGUAUUUUCAAGGUUUCUCAAAUGUUAGUCGUUUUUCAAGUCUGGGCUUGGUGUGAUUCAAGGACAUUUCAAAGAUUUCCCUAGCAUCCCAUUUUCUUGGCUGUGUAACUGUAGUGAGGGUUUGUCCUUUGAAGGUGAACUUACGCUCUUUCUCUGCCCUGUUCUAGGAUCAGGUUUAUCACCCAAGGACCUCUGGAGAUUUGCGCCUUUCACUUGGCCAUGCUGACUAGUUGCCCCUGCCGCUGAAGAAACAUGCACCAGAGCUGCACGAUUGUCCGGCCACCCCCAUGCUUCUACGGUCAGCAUCCGUGCCAGGUUUACAUCCAACUACCCCUUGCUACAGGUCCAAACAAGUGUAAUCUGGUUUCACAGACCAACAACUUUGUUUUCUCAGGUCUGAAAGUCCUUUAGGUCCUGUUUUGCAAAAAAACCACAUGGCUUCUCGUGGCCACACCCUGAGCAGGUUUCUGUCUUCCACUCGGCCCAAACAAGGCCUGUGGGUUUGAUUCCCACAACAUGUUAGGUAGUCCUCCCCCUGGAAGGUUUACUCCCAAAAAUCAUCCCACAGGUCAGGCGACCCCAAGUGACAUCGGGUUCAUUUCAACACUGCCCUAACCGAAUAACCGUGUGCAUUUACUCCACACAGCCUUGCUCAGUCCGGGCGCCACCUAGGUAAGCUGGUUUAUCCAAAACUUCCUUCAUUCAGGUCAGGACCACCAACCUUAUGCUGCAGAGGUUUACAUACCCUUCCCUAGAUGUCUGCGACCACCAACCUGUCUCAGGUUUCAUACAAAAAUCCUUCAACACCACCAACCUGGCUGGUUUGCUCCAACAUCAUGUCAACUGGUGGACCUUACUGUAGCAGGUUUGCCAUUCCAAACAUGCCUAUCACAGUUGCGACACAACCCUAAAGGGAUGUCAAUAACAGGAUGCAUCCGGAGCUAACCGUUUAGAUGGAAUGGCAACAUUCACAACUAACCUUCUGCAGGUAGAGAGACCAUACGUAACAAAUGCGGAAAAUGGUGAAUACAUGCACAACAACAUGCUCUUGCUAGUUCAGGUACCACAAUGGACCAUCACCCUAUAGCAUGGUUUUUUACCUACCAACACACAUGCCUUCUACAGGUCAUCGACCACCAACCGUGUAUGUAAGCAUGGUUUACAUACCAAACAACAUGCCUUCUACAGGUCAGGCGACCACCAACCGUGUAGCAUGGUUUACAUACCAACAACAUGCCUUCUACAGGUCAGCGACCAUCAACCCUGUAGCAUGGUUUACAUAACAACAACAUGCAGCGACCACCAACCCUGUAGCAUGGUUUACAUACCAACAACAUGCCUUCUACAGGUCAGCGACCACCAACCGUGUAGCAUGGUUUACAUACCAACAACAUGCAUUAAGCAGGUCAGCGACCACCAGCCCUGUAGCAUGGUUUACAUACCAACAACAUGCCUUCUACAGGUCAGCGACCAUCAACCCUGUAGCAUGGUUUACAUAACAACAACAUGCCUUCUACAGGUCAGCGACCAUCAACCCUGUAGCAUGGUUUACAUACCAACAACAUGCCUUCUACAGGUCAGCGACCACCAACCCUGUAGCAUGGUUUACAUACCAACAACAUGCCUUCUACAGGUCAGCGACCACCAACCGUGUAGCAUGGUUUACAUACCAACAACAUGCCUUCUACAGGUCAGCGACCACCAACCGUGUAGCAUGGUUUACAUACCAACAACAUGCCUUCUACAGGUCAGCGACCAUCAACCCUGUAGCAUGGUUUACAUACCAACAACAUGCCUUCUAACAGGUCAGCGACCACCAACCCUGUAGUCAUGGUUUUACAUACCAACAACAUGCCUUCCUACAGGUCAGCGACCACCAAACCGUGUAGCAUGGUUUACAUACCAACAACAUGCCUUCUACAGGUCAGGCGACCACCAAACCGUGUAGCAUGGUUUACAUAACCAAACAACAUGCCUUCUACAGGUCAGCGACCAUCAACCCGUGUAGCAUGGUUUACAUACCAACAACAUGCCUUCUACAGGUCCAGCGACCACCAACCCUGUAGCAUGGUUUACAUACCAAACCAGCAUGCCAUUCUACAGGUCAGCGACCAUCAACCCGUGUAGCAUGGUUUACAUACCAACAACAUGCCUUCUACAGGUCAGCGACCACCAACCGUGUAGCAUGGUUUACAUACCAACAACAUGCCUUCUACAGGUAAGCGACCACCAACCCUGUAGCAUGGUUUACAUACCAACAACAUGCCUUCUACAGGUCAGCGACCACCAACCGUGUAGCAUGGUUUACAUACCAACAACAUGCCUUCUACAGGUCAGCGACCACCAACCCUGUAGCAUGGUUUAGUUACCAACAACAUGCCUUCUACAGGUCAGCGAUCACCAACCCUGUAGCAUGGUUUACAUACCAACAACAUGCCUUCUACAGGUCAGCGACCACCAACCGUGUAGCAUGGUUUACAUACCAACAGCAUGCCUUCUACAGGUCAGCGACCACCAACCGUGUAGCAUGGUUUACAUACCAACAAACAUGCUCACACACAGAGCAACAUUUUCCUCUCGUUAACACAUCUCUGCUGUGAGCCAAUGAUCAGUAAGAAAUUAUAUAAUAUGCAGCACAAUUUAUGUUGUACAUUUUCUCUGACAAUUUCCAUGAGGAGUUACUGCUAAGUUACAUUUUUGUAUACACGUGGAUUCAUUCCAGUUUUACACAAUGUAAUAAAACGUUCUAACGUUGAUUCGUGUUUUUGGUCACGUAGACUAACCGUGAUCUUACUGAUCCUCCAGGUGUGACACGGUGACGAGCGACGUGAUGAUGCAGUACAGCCGUGAUUUCAAGGGUCACCUGGCGUCUCUCUUCCUCAACGAGAGCAUCAACCUGGGCAAGAAGUACGUAUUCGACAUCCGACGCACCUCCAAGGAGGUCUACGACCACUGCCGCCGGGUGCUCUACAACGCCGGCAUUGGAGGGGACUGUGUGUCCGGCGGGGAGGGCAAGAGGAGCCCGUCGCGGUCCCCUGGGGUGGGGGAGGAAGGCUGUGAGGGGUGCCAGAGGAGCAGGGUCCUGGAGGAGAAGCUGCAGCAGCUCCAGGAUGCUCUGCUGUGUAUCCUGUGCUGUGAAGAGCAGAUGGAUGCUGCCUUUUGCCCCUGUGGACACAUGGUGUGCUGCCACAACUGUGCCGCCCAGCUAGAGGUAACCCUGACGCCACGGUUAAAAAAAAAAGUAUAUAUAUAUGUACAGUAUAUAAUUGUUUAGGUAUUUUGUGGUCUUUAUUUGAUAGAUACAGUGAAGAAGUGAUUGAAAUGGGGAGAUAGAGGAGAGGGACAUAGAAUGGAAAGUUACUCAGUCUGGGUUUGAACCGCUGCCUCCAUGGGUUUAAUGUGGUCCAGGGGUGGCAUCACUACCAUUAGACCAUGUUACACAAUAACGCCAUGUUCAAGUGAUUUACUGUGCUGAAUGAACUUUGAACUCAGGGUGGUUGGGAGUUAAUGAAAUGAGCUGGUACUGUUAUUCCCUUUUUAAGCAAAUGAAGUGAACUAUUUGGUGAGGAGGGGUGUGGUAGACGGGAGGAAUGUUUGCAGUAUCUAUAGUUACCCUUUUCCCAUUGUUUAUUGGCUGUCCUGAACCUUCUGUAACCUGUAGGUCGUAGGUUAAAUGCCUGUAGGGCAGUACUGUCAGCUACUCUGUGGACACCGUUAAUCCAGGAUUAUAUGGACUAGUUCAGCACCAUCUACAGGACUGUAUUUGAACAAUAGUCUGUUUGAUUCCCCACAAGUCACAUAUAUUAAUUACAGUGUUUUUAUGUUAAAUUAGCAUAUUAUAUUCUAAUCAAAUCUCUUUUGAUCUCUUCCUUUCAGGUGUGCCCGGUGUGUCGGUCAGAGGUGGACCAUGUCCAGCACGUCUACCUGCCCACCUGCGCCAACCUUCUGGCGGUGAGCAGUGCUGCCCCCUUCAACAUUCCCAGAGACCUGGCUGCUCACCUCUGUUCCUCCAGAGAGUUCUACACCAGCACAGACAAGAUCUGUCACACAUAG